AUGCUAGUUACAAAGAACAGCCUGUAUCGUACUGAUGUAGUGCUCUCUCUCCUAGGGCAGCAGCAGCAGUUCCACUUCGCGUUUGGACAGCGACCGUUUCCGUUCCCGCCUGAUCCACUUGGAGGGUUUCGAAUGCCGCCUAUCACUACGUGUCAAAAUAUGAGUCAGUUUGGUCUAAGUUCGAGCAACUCACACUGGGGCUACGGCAGUGCUGGUGCCUAUCCUGCAUACUUACCUUCGUGUGCGGCGCCAGCUGCCUCGCAGUUCAAUCCACCCACGCUUGGCUUCGGCGGCACUGUCCCCGACCAAACCCCUACCCAGGACUUCUCCGCUAACAACACAGUUUUGCCGGACACGACGGGCGUAGACUUAGAUCAACAACUAUCUGGUCUAGUUGGUUCCUCACCUUCCCAUCACGGCAGUCUCCUUCCACGAUACAACAACAACACCGACUAUAGCUUAUCAACAGGCCCUCGAUCACUUAGCGACAACAGCUCACAGCCCGAGUCCCCAGUUCAGGACGAUCUGCUAACAUCAAACACGUCUACGAACAUCGGGCACAAUCACACUAACAGUUCAAACUUUUCCUCGCUAAUGGGAUCACAGAAUUCCUCGUACGGCACCAGUAACUGCAACAAUUCUCUGUAUCCCGUCCUACCGGCAAGUCUAUUAUACAGUCAAUUAUACACAGCUGCAAAUCAAACGCAUAACUUUCAUCCUCUACAUUCAAAUUCUAUACAUUCAACACAAAAUCAUCACAAUGAACUACAGACUAUGAUGGAUCAGAUUUCAUCUACGACGAAUAAUCACAGACAACACGGGACUCACGGUCAGGACUUGCUUCUUGGUGGAGGCAAUUCUUGUGCAGCAGCUGCAGCGCGUGGUGAGGAUGGACGGGUAAACAAUUUGGGACAAAGAGGCAAUCCACAGCCAGAUAGCAACACAGUGUGGCGACCCUACUAA